AUGGCCGGUUCGAUCAACAAGCCCAAGAAGCCCAAGUCCAAGCGGACGCCCGUCCGCCUCCGGCACAAGAUCGAGAAGGCCUCGGCCGCAAAGCAGAGAAAGCAGAAGAAGCUCGCCAAGAAGAACCCAGAAUGGAGGUCGAAGCUCAAGAAGGACCCGGGCAUCCCCAACCUGUUUCCCUACAAGGAGCGCCUUCUGCACCAGAUCGAGGAGACCAAGAUGAGGAAACAGGAGGAGGCACAGAGGAGGAAAGAGAUGGCAAAGGCAGCAAAGACGGGCGCGCUGGCCGAUGGAGAUGCCGAGGAGAUGGACGACGUCGAGGAUGCCGGCGAGGACUUUGAGAUCGACGACGACGACGCCAUGGAGGAGGAUGGCUCUGAUAUCGACGAGUCGAACCCCAUGGCUGCGCUGAUUGCCAGCGCGCGGGCGGCGGCGAAAAAGUACGACCGCGAGCUGCAGAGCGGCGACGACAUGGACGAGGACGACUCGGAAGACGAGGAGGAUGGUGUUAUCGAGGUUCAGGGCACGGCUACGUCAAGAAAAGCCUACGACAAGGUCUUCAAGCAGGUGGUGGAGCAGGCAGAUGUCGUCCUUUACGUCCUGGAUGCGCGCGACCCCGAGGGCACGCGCUCGAGGGAUGUCGAGCGUGCCGUUAUGGAUGCCGCCGAGGGCGGCAAGAGGCUGAUCUUGAUCCUCAACAAGAUCGAUCUGAUCCCGCCGCCCGUCCUGCGGGCCUGGCUCGUCCACCUGCGGAGGUACUUCCCUACGCUCCCGCUGCGGGCGUCCAAUGCCGCUCCCAACGCACACACCUUCAACCACAGGGACAUGACGGUACAGAGCACGAGCUCAGCCCUGUUCAAGGCUCUCAAGACGUUUGCCGCGGGAAGGAAUCUCAAGCGCGCCAUCUCCGUGGGCGUCAUCGGCUACCCCAACGUGGGCAAGUCCUCCGUCAUCAACGCCCUGCUCUCCAGGCUCGGCAACAACAGGAGCAGCUCCAAGUCCGCGUGCCCCGCGGGCGCAGAGGCCGGCGUCACGACGGCCAUCCGCACCGUCAAGAUCGACAGCAAGCUGACGCUGCUCGACUCCCCCGGCAUCGUCUUCCCCUCGACCUCGUCGGCCGGCAGCGCGACCUUCAAGCCCAAGGACAAGGCCGAGGCGCAGGCGCACCUCGUCCUGCUCAACGCCGUCCCGCCCAAGCACAUCGACGACCCCGUGCCCGCCGUCGCGCUGCUGCUCCGGCGCCUGGCCGCGUCGCCGGACCUCGCGGCCAAGCUGACGGCCGUCUACGACCUGCCGCCGCUGCUGGCGGACCCGGAGAGCGGCGACGCGACGACCGACUUCCUCGUGCAGGUGGCGCGCAAGCGCGGCCGGCUCGGCCGCGGCGGCGUGCCGAACCUGGCGGCCGCGGCCAUGACGGUCGUGACGGACUGGCGGGACGGCCGGAUCCAGGGGUGGACCGACGCGCCGGUCCUGCCUGUUGUCGCCGAGGGCGCCGCGCCGGCGUCGGCUGCUGCGGCCGCGGCUGCUGAGGGGGCGCCGCUGGCAGACCAGAAGCAGAUUGUCACCGAGUGGGCUAAGGAGUUCAAGCUGGAGGGUCUGUGGGGGGACGAUGCUGGUGCGGAUGUGGCCAUGGAGGAGUAG